CCCCCUUUUAGGCUUAUUCUUAAUCUCUAUAUAUAAUCUUCCACUUGGUGUAACUUCCUCUUAUCAACCAAAAGUACUUCCAACAAUCAACAUUCCCGAGAAAUAGUGAGAAAAAGAGAGAGAGAGACAGAGAAAUGGAGCUCAAUGAACAUGAUUUCUUAGAAGAGCUCUUAUCUCUUAGAAGAGACAUGACUUGGGAAGCCUCUAACAAUAUUCCAACAGGAAUCAUGAACUAUGAGAUCUUCUCUAGUUUUGAUAACUACCACCAUUUUGAUCAAAACCCAGAAACACAAAACACCAGCAAUGUUGUUCUUCCAAAUUCCUCUUGCAGCCAAGAAAUAAUCUCUCCAACAUCACUUGAUCAUCAUCAACAUGACAGCUUCAACAGCUACUCGUCAUUGAUGAAUGAUAUCUAUUGCCCCUCUUUAAGCAGCGAUUUCUCAGCCGUUGAACCGGUACAGUUCAGUACUGAUCAAUUCUAUUCAAGUACACCAACAUUUCCCAUCCAAGAUCAAGACUAUAUUCCAUUGUGCACAAAAAGUAUGGAAGAAGAAGAGCUGGGUAUUCUUGGGGAUGAGAUUCACAACUUGGAGACUCAAGUUUCUUGCAAAAUGGAGCCAAUUCAAUCAUCAAUUUCAUCGCCUGAAAUGUUAGUGCCUGCAGUCUUCAAUAUGGGACAUCAUGUUGUGCCUAAUUUGGAAAGAAACGCCAAGGCUAACAAUAAGUCCAAGUUACAGGGUCAACCUUCAAAGAAUCUGAUGGCUGAGAGGAGGAGGAGAAAGCGAUUAAACGAUCGCCUUUCGAUGUUAAGAUCGAUUGUUCCAAAGAUAAGCAAGAUGGACAGGACAUCCAUACUUGGGGACACCAUAGACUACAUGAAGGAACUUUUGGAGAGAAUCAACAGUUUGCAACAAGAAAUGGAGGAGAGUUCGACCGAGUUGAGUGAGAUUGGCCUUUUCAAGGACGUCAAGCCAAACGAGGUCUUAGUGAGAAACUCACCAAAGUUUGAUGUGGAAAGAAGGAAUAGAGACACUAGGAUUGAGAUUUGCUGUGCUGGGAAACCAGGGAUGUUGUUCUCUACGGUGACUACUUUAGAAGCAUUGGGACUUGAGAUCCAACAAUGUGUUAUAAGCUGUUUCAAUGACUUUGCAAUGCAAGCUUCUUGCUCAGAGGAUUUGGAAAAGAGGACUUUAGCCAGUUCUGAGGACGUAAAGCAAGCAUUAUUCAAAAAUGCAGGGUAUGGAGGGAGAUGUUUGUGAGAGUAGAAAUUGAGAAAGGAAAAAAAAGAAGAAUAAUAAUUAUAAUAAUAAGAACUUGUGGU